AUGAUGUAUCUAAACACUCCGACAGAAUCACCGAAUAGCAGUCCGUUUGAAUUUGAAAGAAUCAGGAAGGAAGUGGAUUCAAUCAUUGCACAAUGCAUGAACGAUACGACUCAUGAAGAAAGACAAAAGUCGUACUUGGAAGUCCAUGGAGUUACAAACGGCUUUGAUGAGACCCCAGCGGCAGUCCAAGACGCUCUGGAAGGAAUGAAGAUGGAAAUUCAAAAGAUCACCAAGAAUAGAGAUGCUUUAACGCUUGCUGAAUCAAUGGACGAAGAGUACGUAAACGAUCCUUCACUCCAUCUCAAAUUUCUUCGCGGUGAGAAGUUCAAUGUAAAAAAAGCAGCACAAAAGUUUGUUCGGCAUUUCGAAUUGAAGUUGGAAUUAUUCGGUAAAUCUAAGCUUGUAAAGGAUAUCGAACAAGAAGACCUGGGUGAAGAUGACAUGGAGGCUCUGCAUCUUGGCUACGUUCAGUGGUUGCCUCUUCGCGACAUCAGUGGACGAACUGUCACUGUUUACUUCACGGGCAAAACAGCAUCAAAAGCAACACUGCUGUCAAAACUAAAAGUCUUCUUCUAUUUGCGGAUGAUAGCAAUGGAAGAUGAGGUAUUUCAAAAGAAAGGAAUGGUUUUUAUAUCUCAGACUGGACUGGAAUCUGAAGUUAUGGAAGACGUGGAUCAACCAGCAGAAGAGUUUGGCGUGAAAGAAACCGCGAGAUUAUGCGAAGCCCUUCCUGAAUGCACUCAGAGCGUCCAUGUUUGCAUCCCAAACGUGUCGUCGAUCGGUGCAAUUGUUGCAUUUGGCGUGUAUCGGUUCGCGAUGGCGGCAUACAACAAACUAGUAGCCAUCAGAACUCGAAUCCAUAUAGGUUCUUCGCAGGAGGAGUGCUUCAGCAAGCUUCAAGCAUUUGGAAUUCCAGUUGCUGUUAUUCCCAAGUCACCGGCUGACAAUGAUUAUCACAUCAAUCUAAUGCAACGAAGAAAACGGUUGGAGCAUAAGCGUCGUCAACGAAAACGACGACAGGGCGAUGGCGGAAUUAGGUUCAGCAGUCAAAAUGAUCAGGAGUCAGAGCAGGUUGAGGAUUCAGAUGACGAAGGAUUUACAGUGUCCUUUGAUCCUCUAGAUGAAAGGUGUAAUUGGAUCUGUGCUGGCCCUGCACCGAGCGAUGUCAUCCUUGGUCGUGGCCGAAAGGCGAACAACCAUCCUGGAAACAUUCGAUUGCGGACCAUGGUGGAUGAUUUAAUUGGCGUGUACAAGAAUACUUCCAAAAGGGAAAAGACAGAAAUCGCUCAGAGAGUAGUUGUCAGCAUCCAAACCAACGGGAGAUUCCUGAAAGAGAACGAAAUGAUUGGAUGGGUGGAAGUACCCGAUAAAGUCGCUCGCAUCAAAGUCAGUCACGCCUUCCGAGAUAGCUACAGGGUGAAGAGAAAGCAAGGCGGUGAUAAUGGUCAGAGUAUGGUGGGUCAAAAGCAUCAGCUAGAAAUGCCCGCAGGGAAGCCCACCAGGGGUUCAUAA